GAAAGAAAAGAAAAGGAAAAACAAAAAAGAAAAGGUUCAGUUGAGAGUUGACACACUCCGCCGUAUUCUCUUCACUUCCACUAUUUCACAGUUCACUUCCAUUUUCGUUCAGUUUAAAGUUCUGAAAAAUCAUUUUAGAAGUAAACUCCAUAAUAGAAAUGGAAACAAAUUCAAGAAAACUAAUGGGUUUAGAGAAGAAGAAGAAAAUAGAGGAAGAAUGGAACUCCAUUUACAGCUCUAAGCAUCAACUCUCUCGUGCUGACUUCCCUCCCCAAUUCAUAUUCGGUGUUGCCACUUCUGCUUACCAGGUUGAAGGUGGAAGUAAAGAGGGAGGAAGGGGACCUAGCAUAUGGGAUUCGUUUUCACAUACUCAGGGCAAAAUAUGUGAUGGAAGCAGUGGGGAUAUGGCUGUUGAUCAGUUUCAUCGCUACAAGGAAGAUAUUGAGUUGAUAGCCAAGUUGGGCUUCAAGGCUUAUCGUUUUUCAAUAUCAUGGAGUCGCAUCUAUCCUGAUGGUUUGGGGAUCAAAAUCAACCAUGAAGGCAUAAAGUACUACAAUGCUAUUAUUGAUGCACUUCUUGAGAGGGGCAUUGAGCCUUACAUAACGUUGUACCAUUGGGAUCUUCCUUUGAAUCUUCAGGAAUCUUGUGGUGGCUGGUUAGAUGAACAAACUGUAAAAUAUUUUGCCAUCUAUGCAGAGGCUUGCUUUGCUAGCUUUGGCAAUAGAGUGAAGAAGUGGAUUACAAUUAAUGAACCUCUUCAGACAGCUGUGAAUGGAUAUUGUACUGGUAUACAUGCCCCCGGAAGAAGUGAAAGUUCUUCUACUGAACCAUUCUUGGUAGCACAUAAUCAGCUGUUGGCACAUGCAGAAGCUGUUUCUAUAUACAGAAAUAAAUUUAAGGAUGAGCAAGGAGGGGAAAUAGGCUUGGUUGUGGAUUGUGAAUGGCCUGAGCCUUUAUCAGAUAAUUUGGAAGACAAAGCUGCUGCAACAAGACGCCUUGAUUUUCAGCUUGGAUGGUACCUGGAUCCUAUAUUCUUUGGAGAUUAUCCUGAAAGCAUGCGUGAAAGACUUGGAGAUUGGCUUCCAAAAUUUUCACAGCAAGAAAAGGAUUUGCUUAAACAUUCAUUGGACUUCAUUGGUCUGAACCACUAUACUUCAAGAUUUGUUGGUCAUGCGGCAAGUAAUUUUGAAGAGAAUGACUUCUAUAAAAUACAGGAUGUGGAUAUAAUUGCUGAAUGGGAAGGAGGAGAGGUGAUCGGUGAGAAAGCGGCAUCUUCAUGGCUUUACAUUGUUCCUUGGGGAAUUCGGAAAGUUCUUAAUUAUAUUGCAGAGAGAUAUGGCAAUCCACCAGUCUAUAUCACUGAGAACGGUAUGGAUGAUGAAGGUGAAGACACAUCUCCUAUCCAUGAGAUGUUGGAUGACAAAUUGAGAGUUUCUUACUUCAAGGCGUACCUUGCAGCUAUUCAUCAGGCAAUCUUGGACGGUGCUGAUGUGAGAGGUUAUUUCGCUUGGUCAUUGCUGGAUAACUUUGAGUGGAGUCUGGGUUAUACAAAACGCUUUGGUUUGAUAUACGUGGACUUCAAGAAUGGGCUAACUCGGCAUAUGAAAUCUUCUGCUUACUGGUUCAUGAGGUUCCUGAAAGGUGGACAAGUAAAACAUGGGAAAGAAGAUUAGCUACUUCUGGUGUUAUGGAGUUAGCUUAGCUUCUAUAUUUUUUCAAUUCUGGUUUUCCCAAUGACUAUCACUGUACACUGCUUGUAAGGCUCUUACAUGGAAAGCUUUAUCUUUCUGGUAUGGUAGGUUUAAUUAUAACUCUCCUUCUUUGGCUCAAGGUGACUGGUAUAGGAGCCUGUAAACACAUGCCAACUGGAUUUAACUUAUAUGCACCAGACAGUGUAAAUAGUAGGUUACUUAUCUGAUUUUUCAGGUUACCAAUAGCCUGUUUGGCCAA